AUGGGGGUCGUCUCUGAAUGCGGCUGUAUUCGGGAACAGGAUCAAACGGAAGCCUGCAAACCUGAGUGGCCUCGCCAGGAAACAUUUUGGCCCCGGAUUUACUGCUACAGGGAGCUCCUGCACCAGGUUCAGAUGGCGAAGCUCUACCAGGACGACAAGCAGUUUGUGGACAUGCCACUGUCCUCGACCCCAGACCGAGUUCUGCAGCACUUCCGGGAGCUGGCCGCCCGCCACAACCACAGCAUUCCCACGCCACUGCUUCGCGCCUUCAUCCAGGAACGCUUCCAGGCCGCGGGGCGGGAGCUGCAGCCCUGGACCCCCAAGGACUGGAAGGACAGCCCCCGGUUCCUGCAGAAGAUCUCGGACCCCAAGCUGCGAAUCUGGGGGGAGCAGCUGCACCAGCUCUGGAAGAAACUGGGAAAGAAGGUGAAGCCAGAGGUCCUCAGCCACCCGGAGCAGUUCUCUCUGCUCUACUCAGAACACCCCUUCGUUGUGUCUGGUGGGCGCUUUGUCGAAUUCUACUACUGGGACUCCUACUGGGUGAUGGAGGGGCUGCUCCUCUCUGAGAUGCCCGAGACCGUGAAGGGCAUGCUGCAGAACUUCCUGGACCUGGUGCGCAGCUAUGGACAUGUCCCCAACGGGGCCCGCGUGUACUCCCUGCAGCGGAGCCAGUCCCCCCUGCUGACUCUCAUGAUGCACUCCUACGCUCACACCAACGAUACCGCCUUCCUGAGGGACAACAUCGAGACCCUAGCUUUGGAAUUGGACUUCUGGACUGAGCACAGGAACGUCUCUGUGAGCUCGGGGGGGAAGAGCUUCAUCCUGAGUCACUAUUCUGUCCCUUAUGGGGGACCCAGGCCCGAGUCUUACAGCAAAGACGGGGAGGUCAGGCAUCUGGGUGGGGCUGGGACCCUGAUGUUGUGUGUCAGGCCCCGGUCCCCGGUCUGCUGCUGCCUCGUCAUCACAGGGGACCAGGAAGCUCUGUGGGCUGAGCUCAAGGCUGGGGCCGAGUCUGGCUGGGACUUCUCCUCGCGUUGGCUCGUCAAAGGCCCGAACCCCAACUUGCUGAGCAGUAUCCGGACCAGCAAACUCGUGCCUGUUGAUCUCAAUGCCUUCCUGUGCCAGGCAGAGGAGCUGAUGAGCGACUUCUACUCCAGACCGGGGUACGAUCUCCAAGCCACAAAAUACAGAAAUAUGCGGGAACAGCUCUUGGCUGCCAUGAAAGCCAUUCUGUGGAAUGAGGAGAACGGUGCCUGGUUUGACUAUGACCUUGAGAACAGAAGGAAAAACCUCGAGUUUUACCCAUCCAACCUUAGUCCUCUCUGGUCUGGCUGUUUCUCUGACCCGGGAGUCGUGGACAAGGCUCUGAAAUAUCUGGAGGACAGCCAGAUCUUGACCUACCAGUACGGGAUCCCGACCUCUCUCCAGAAGACAGGCCAGCAGUGGGACUUCCCCAAUGCCUGGGCCCCCUUGCAGGACCUGGUCAUCAGAGGUCUGGCCAAGUGUCCUUCACCUCACUCCCAGGAAGUGGCUUUCCAGCUGGCUCAGAAUUGGAUCCGAACCAACUUUGAGGUCUACUCCAGAAAGUCAGCCAUGUAUGAGAAGUAUGACAUCAGCAACGGUGGUCAGCCAGGUGGAGGAGGCUGCCUGGAGCUCCUUUAGGGCUUUGGCUGGACCAGUGGAGUGGUCCUGAUGCUCCUGGACCGCUACGACGACCGACUGAGCUCGGGGACCCAGACCGCUUUCCUGGUGCCGCAGUGCCUCACAACUGCCCUUCUGCUCAGCCUCCUGCCACGUCUGCCUCAUUAAAUGUCUGCGACACCCUAGAGCUCAAGAUGGAGUCUGAAACAGGCCCCAAACCUAGUGCCCAUCAGUCCAGCGGGCCCCCGCUGGAGACGGUCCCCUCCUCACACCCGGACCAUCCUUGGGCCCUGGCAGGGCCGUACCCUGCCUCGUGGGGGCACUGUUCCUCAGCGAGCCCGGGGGCACAAAAGUGUCACAGGAAUCGGACACAAAGGGCCCUUCCCGUGAGGACCAGAGUCUCCUCUCAGCACAAGAGGGGCCGAUGGAAAAAGCUGCAGGUGACGUGCUGCUGAAGGAGCACCCCUGCCCCCAGUCUGAGAAAUGGGGUGAUUCCCGGGACUCCAGAACAGAGGCCAACAUGGAGCCCCGAAGAUCUGGUCAGUGCUCAGCCUUGCUCAGAAUUAGAGAACGCAAAUUAGAACUCCACUGAGAUACCACUUCUCACCUACCAGAAUGGCAAAAACAUGCCAAAAAUAAACAGCACCCCUUAGGUGGGGCUCUGGAGAAACAGGGGAGGUGGUCCAAUAAGUGACAGGUAAGUCCUACCAGGAUUAGGUGUUUGCCCUUCGAGCCGAUGAUUGCACGUACGGACAUUUAUUUUACAAGUAACAAAUUUACAAGCGUAUUCACCCCAACAGUAUUGGUAGUCAUGAAAUACUGCAAACAACGCAAGUGUCCCCGAGUAGAGAUUGGUUAAUAAAUUAUAGUUUAGCACGUGAGGGGAUACUACACCGCUCUUAAAUGAUUCAGAAAUCUCUGCUAUAUGGUUUCAGAAAUACAGCUUAACUUAAAAUGUAUCAGAUGUAGAUCUAUCUCACACAGAUCUGAUACGUUAGCAGUAAAACAAGGACUGCAUUGUAUGCCCCCUUUUGUGUAAGAAAACGAGUAACAGUCUAUGUUUGCAUUUGCUUUUGUUCUAAAACUCUACAAGGAUACACAAGAGAUUUAUAAUAAAAACAGUUAUCUGGAGUAA